UGGGAUAGGCCAAACCCUGGUCUGAGCCCAUCAAUGACCCUUCCCAUUGUUGACCUAUCCUUGUUACACCAUCCUUCUCUCAGGUCUCAUGUUAUAAAUGAGAUACGAACUGCAUGUAGCAGCAUUGGAUUCUUUCAGGUGAUAAAUCAUGGAAUCCCUCUUCCUGUGAUGAAAGAUGCUCUGGACGCUGCAAUGGACUUUUUUGAUCUGCCUUUCGAGGAAAAGAAGCUUCUGAUGUCAGACAACGUGCACGCACCUGUACGGUAUGGUACCAGCUUAAAUCAUGGAAAGGAUAAAGUUCAUUUUUGGAGAGACUUCGCAAAGAAGUUUUUCAGGUCAAACAUCAUAGCAUUAAAACGUUUUAACUGGCAACAGGAGAAGAUGGGAAACUAUGCAACAGCUGUCCAAAAUUUGCAAAAACAACUAAUGGAAGCUGUACUAGAAAGCUUAGGGCUUAAACCUAAUUACUUACAAGAUGAAAUUGAAGAAGGAUCACAAGUGAUGGCCAUAAAUUGUUAUCCAGCAUGUCCAGAACCAGAACUCACAUUAGGCAUGCCACCGCACUCAGACUAUGGAUCACUAACAAUCUUACUUCAGAGCUGCGCCGGUCUGCAGCUCAUGGAUUGCAACGAGAAUUGGUUUGCAGUUCCAAUGAUGGAAGGAGCGCUAAUGGUUCAGACGGGAGAUCAAAUGGAAGUAAUGAGCAAUGGAAAAUAUAAGAGUGUUGUUCACCAAGUAACUGUCAGCCCUGAGAAGAAGCGUUUUUCAAUAGCUAGUCUUCACAGUCUAGCUUUAAACCGGAAAAUAAUGCCAGCACCAGAGCUUGUAGACGAAGAACACCCAGCAAACUACAGAGAGUUCAGUUUCAAAGAUUUUCUUGAUUUUAUCUCAAAAAAUGAUAUAUUACAGGAAAGAUUCAUCAAUACACUCAAGAAAAAUCAAUGAAAAAGAGGUGCAUUAGGGUUUCGGGUGCUACGUCUGUUUAGUUUAUUAUUAAUUUACUAUGUCUAUUUAGUGUAUUCUGUUAAGUUCUGGUUUUGUCAAAGACUUCAUAAAGUCUAAUGACUAUCCUAUGCAUUUAGAUGAUGUUACUCCCAGUAUUGCAUGUACUUGCGAGAGUUGCGCUAAAUAAAACU